AUGAAAAUAAGAGCUUCUGUUCGUAAAAUUUGUGAAAAAUGUCGACUAAUUCGCAGGCGGGGUCGCAUUAGACUAAUUUGUUCCAACCCGAGACAUAAACAAAGACAAGGAUAA